AUGAAUGGUUCAGGGCCAUAUGACUGGCUAUUAAAGGUAAUUGCAAGAAAGAAAGAGCGUUCUACUCACUUUGGGUGGACAGAUAUUGUGAGGGCACUGCGUGGUAUAAAGCAAUAUGCCUUAGCCGAAAGAAUCUGUCGCGAAUUCAAGGUUGCCUACACCCAACCUCACUCAGACAGGCCAGCAGACAUUGUCGUAUUGCGGUUGGAGCAGAGUAGUGAGUGCAAACUCAAAGGAAAAUUUUCACAUCUUAUUAAUUUUGCUAUUGGAAUUUUUGAAAAAAGAGGAGAGCGUUAUUUCAAAGACUUCAAAACAUACAUUAUCACAUUCUUCUCACUUGAUUCAAAUAUUUUGGUAGCUAAUAGUUAUCGACAAGUUUUCGACCAAGUAGGUAGUGAGAAUAAGUGGGAUUAUUUACCUUUGUUGGAAAUUUUAGAGCACUUCAUAGGACAAGAAACAGAGGAUAGGCGCACUGACUAUCAGCAUGCAGUUACAGCCUAUCAUGCAACGGAAAAGCUUACUGAGACAAUGUCAAGAAGUAACCAAACAAGAAUGCAUCAUGAAACUGCAGAAGUUGAUGUGACUGCGCACGAGAUUCAAAUGAAGUUGCACCCACACAAGGUCUCUGAGAGAUCUCUGUCAUAUAUUCGCGCAGUGUGGGACUCAAUGUCCCAUUUCCUUUCGAUUCCCUCUGUCAAGACUGUUAUCGAUCGCAUGCACAUGCCACCACUCGACACUGAAGCUGACUAUCUGUGUGCAAAGCUGCCUUCCGAAACGAGUGAGUCACUAAUGGAACAGGGUGAGCAGUCCUGGAAAAAUUUCAUGAAGACAAACAACAUUAUGAAGAUUUCAUUAUGUGAUGGACGUGUUUACUCACUGUAACAAGAGACUCAUUACUUAUGACCAUUUCUGAGUUUGUAAAGUGGCAAACAUUUUUUA